ACUUAGUCGCUAACCCGUCGGCACAUUCGCACUUGAGCCCUCGUCCGAGCCAGAAAUGCAGUCCCAAUCCCUCCUGCUGAUCUCAGCCGUUGCCACGUUGCUGGUGGCCCAGACUACGGCCAAGUUUCAGCUGAAGGACCACGCCGACGCCGAGAAGGCUUUCGAGGAGUGCCGUGAGGACUUCUACGUGCCGGACGACAUCUACGAGAAGUACCUGAACUUCGAGUUUCCCGCCCACCGGCGCACCAGCUGCUUCGUCAAGUGCUUCCUGGAGAAGCUCGAGCUAUUCUCGGAGAAGAAGGGAUUUAACGAGCGCGACAUGAUCGCCCAGUUCACCUCCAAGAGCAGCAAAGACCUGUCCACGGUCCAGCACGGCCUGGAGAAGUGCAUCGACCACAACGAGGCCGAGUCGGAUGUCUGCACCUGGGCCAACCGCGUCUUCUCCUGCUGGCUGCCCAUCAACCGCCACGUGGUGCGCAAGGUCUUCGCCUGAUCUGAAUGUGAUAUAAUACACUGUACGUCUUAAAGGAUAAUGUAGAAAUAAACAUUUGUAGUUUUCAGAUAUA